AAGCACUCGGCUUCCAGUUCGCUCGGCCAUCGGCACAAUAACACACUGAACGAACGCCAUCAGUCAGGAGUUCUUUCGUCCUUCUUUCUGUUCCAACCUCCUUUAUUUUAGUCACCCGAAACAAUGGCAGACGCCAAAGUGGACUCGGUCUCGGAAAUGUCAGCCAAGGAACUGAAGGAUAAGAAGUUGGCGGAGGAGAAAGAAAAUGGCAAAGAUGCCGCCACCAAUGGAAAGGAGAACGAGGAGAACGGCGAGCCAGAGAUCGACGACGAGGAAGACGAUGAGGUGGACGAAGAGGACGAGGAAGACGACGUAGAUGGUGACGAGGAAGAUGAGGAGGACGACGAAGACGAGCUGGAGGGCGGCACAAAAAGGGCAGCUGAAGACGACGAAGACGAUGACGAGGACGACGUGGAGACCAAGAAGCAGAAAACCGACGAUGACGAUUGAUGCGGCGGCGGUGGCGUCCCGCCCGGGCCGCUUCCUGUCGUUCAUCUUUUCAGGGGGGGAGGGGGGAGGGUCGCUCAUCCAAACGAAAAACGGAUCCAAACAAAAGGCAAAACAUGGUCAUUGGCGAGCAGAGUUCAACGAGGAAGCCCACCCACGUCCGCCAUCCUCACGCACAAUUCGGGCCUCAACGACAACAGCGGGGAAUUAGUUUGUAUUUUUAUUUACAUUUUCUAUUUUUGUACAUAUUGUUGGCAAAAACGGGGGGGGCAGCAAACGGGCGCUUGGUUCAUCUCCCCCAUUCAUCUUUGACCGCGUAAUCAGAAAAACCGUCUUCAGCCGUUCAACUCAGAGCAUUCCAGUAAAUUUAAUGUAUGUACUUUAGCUGUACCAUAAAGGAUUUUUUUUCUUUUUUCUUUUUUCUUUUUUUUUUUUUUUUUUUUUUUUUUUUUUUUUUUUUUUUUUUUUUUGCUUUGGUUGUUUGUAUGGAGGGAGGCCAAAGAAAAGGAGUCUUUCUUUUCCCCCCCCUCUUUUGGUUGCUUUCUGGCCGCCUGUUUUGAUGUAUGUGCGAAGUUUGUUGUUUGACAAUAAACCGGACUUUUAUUUUGUGACUUCUA